GGUGUGGCAAGCCUGUUCGGUUUGAUGCUGGCAGCUCAAUUCCUGGCACCGCGUCUUCUCUUCUCUAAAGGGCAACCCUUAUUCGUCGCUGCAGUAAAACAAGCCUUGAGCUGCCUCUGCACAGGAUACAGAGCCUGGUGCAGAAUGAAUGACACCGAGCUCUAUGGUGACUAUCCUGACUGGUACGGUAGCUUCACUGCGCCCAGCUUCGAGACGCCGACUCCGCUGCCUUUCCAGCUGACCCCCGUCCUGUGGGCGUCUCUGGUUCUCUACUCCCUCGUCUUCCUGCUGGGCGUGCCGGGGAACGUGGCUGUCAUCUGGGUGACGGGCUUCGGGAUGAAGCGCACGGUGAACACCGUCUGGUUCCUCAACCUGGCGGUGGCCGACCUCCUCUGCUGCCUGGCGCUGCCCUUCCUGGCCGUGCCCGUGGCCCGCGACAACCACUGGGAGCUGGGUGACUUCGCCUGCAAGCUGCUCCCAUCCCUCGCCAUCCUGAACAUGUUUGCCAGUGUCCUGCUCCUGACGGCCAUCAGCCUGGACCGCUGCGCCCUGGUGACCAGGCCCAUCUGGUGCCAGAACCACCGCACGACCCGGCUGGCCUGGGGCCUGAGCGGGGCAGCCUGGCUCCUGGCUUUGCUCAUGACCCUCCCAACCUUCAUCUUCCGGACGACGCACCGCAAGGCGUUCUCAGACAAAGUGAUGUGUGUCUUGGAGUACGCUCAAGUGUCCGGUUACCAGACCGCCGUCGAGCUGUCCGUCGCUACCUUCCGCUUCGCCGCCGGCUUCCUGGUCCCCUUCGUGGUGAUCGCCACCUGCUACGGCCUGGUCCUGGCCCGUGUCCACAGGAGCCGUUUCACCCGCUCACGCAAGACCAUUAAGGUCAUUCUUGUGGUGAUCAUCGGCUUCUUCGUGUGCUGGCUCCCCUACCACGUGGUGGGGCUGAUCUUGGCCGCCCACAAGCCCAGCACGAGCCUGUUCAAAGGCGCCGUUGAGUCCGACCCCCUGAUUGUGGGCCUGGCCUACGUCAACAGCUGCCUCAACCCCGUCAUCUACGUCAUCAUGGGCCAGGACUUCAAAGACCGGUUCCAGCGCUCGCUGAAGUCCAUCCUCCGCAACGUGCUGAGCGAGGAUUCGCUCCACUCCGCGGCUGACAGCAGGAGGAAGACCAGAUCCACGCUGGAGACCAAGUCCACGAUGGAGGACCGGAGCACCGGGGUGUGAGCUGGGGAACGGGCCCGCAGCAGCCCCACCGCAGGCCAGGCUUGUGACAUGGCAGGCGACAGCUGCCUCACCUUUGCUCGCUGUCGUUACCCUGGGGGGGUCCGUGUAGGGCACACAGCCGUGCGGCCACCGCCCCUCACGUGCCCCAGGCCCCUGCAGGCUGUGGGGCGGGGCAGACGGUGAUUUAAUGCACAGUGCCACCUUUAUAUUUGCAUAUCUGAAUAUUCGUGCCCUCAUUCUCCUAUUUCCCCAUCAUCCAACCCUUUGGAGCCUCACACCCCUUCCAGCUCCUGCCUUGAUUCCCCCCAAUCUCCAGUGCCCCAUGUCCCCCUGCCCCAAAUUCCUUCUCCAUCCCUUCCCCCCAGUCUGGCGCCACCCCCAGCAAUCCCUCUGCCAGAGAGACGUGACUGGAACAACACCUGGAAUCGCUCUACAACCAGAUCUCCAUGGCUACAGGCCACAUGCUGGGUGGGUCUCCUCUCUGGCUAGGGUCCUCUCUGUGGUUGGAGACCUCCAUGCCGUGGGGUCUCCUCUAUGGCUGGGGUCCUCAGAGAGAGAUCCUGCCUCCAGGAGGCUAACUAUAGAGACGUGGCGCAUGGAGCCUCACCCUCAGCUCUGCAGCUGUCCCAGGCAGGAGCCCUCAGCCUGGGCCCUGCUCUCCCAAGCUAUGGGGGUAAAGGCUCUGCCGGGCAGCGGUAGUAGCCUGUUACCCUCUUAUACAAAUCAGCCAUGAGAGGGCGACAGAGCCCCCCCGGCCCCAGUGCAGGGCUUACAGAGACCCAGGGCCGUAGGGCGUGACUCUCCCUGCCCCUCAUGCAGGCGUCGGCACCAGCCCUGGAUGUGACGCACAGGUCGGAACGGGGCAGCCUCUGGGCACGCACGCUGCAGGGGUGCAACUGAGCACCUGAGAGCCAGGUGCCCAUGUGCACCCAUGCAAGCAGCCCCCGUGCAAGCUGCUGCAAGCAGCAUCCACCGGGGGAAGAUUACGGGAGAGUUUCUAGCUUCCCACCCCUGUUGCCAGAGGCUCAGAAUUUUCUGUAACUUCCCCAUUUUAGUGCUGAGAUUUUGGGGUUGGGUUUUUGGAGCCAACCGCCCCCCCCCAGCACCCCGCAGGGGCACCGUCCUGGAAAUGGUGGUGGUUUGGGUUUUGUGUCGUGGGGGAGGAUGACUGGCAGGAAUUCACUGCCCUCCUGCUACAGGGCCCGAACCAGCCCCGACAAGGGGGCAAGUUGUUGAGGUUACAGGUCUGAGUGCACCUCUGCCACGCCCAGGCCUGGGGCACAGCGCCCUGUGUAGCAGCCUUGCUGACCCAGAGGGUCUGAGAGAGUCCUCUGGGGCUUCCCUUUGGGAGCCUGUGCCCAGCAAGCCAAAGUAUUGUUUGUUUUAACAAUGGGAACAAAGCAUUGUGGGGGGGGGGGGAAGGGUUUUAAAAACACAGUCUGUGACCAUUUUUUUCUUACCUAAAUCCACUCUGUGAUGGGGAUCGAGACAGGGCCGGCGUCGUCAGUUGCCCCAGCAGCUCCUGCAUGUCACCCUGGCCCCCCAAACAGCCCCCCCCCAAGGAGAUGCUUGUUACAAACUGCUCGAGCCCCUCUGCUUGCCGGUGUGCCCAGGCCUUGGGCUGGCCUGGCGCUAUCUCCUACCAGCGCUCGGGCGUUUGCUGAGCAGUGGCUUAUCUUGAACUGUCCUGCCUCCUUCCUGCUUUUUUGUGCGGCCAGACGCCGGCUGAGCUGAACCAAUAGCUUCAUCCCGCAACGUCCACGGACAGCGGCCAUUUCUUGUCAGGGCAUGGCUCCAGCUCCGCCACCCCUCGACUCUCGUCCCUCCUGAACACCGGCCUCUGGAGCAGCUGGGACUGGCCGGGCAGAGAUGGGAGACUGAGGCAGAGUGAGUCCUGCCCUGAUCCGUGGGCCCAGAACGUCCCAGGAGGCCUCACCGUGACGCUCCCUCCGGCCCCGUGUGAUUGUGCAUUGCUCCGUCAGGGCUUGGCAGCCCCGGUCCCAGCGGCUCCCCCUCGCCCCUGGGCUGAGGUCCCCCUGCCCAGCAGAUCAGCAGGUGGCUCUGUGGCUUGAUCCUUGGCUCUACGCCUUCCUCCAUGAGACUGUACGGGGCUGCGCUGCCUGCUGGGUCGGCACCAACGUGUUCCUGGGUGUAUGUCCAGGUUUGCCAUAAACACAGACGUGGCUGCUGCCGGGUCUCUCCUUGACGAUGAGUGUGCGGGGCCUGGGGGCGGGGGGGGGCAUGAAGCCACCUGUUUAUCUGCCGGGGCAGGGGGACCUCGGCCCAGGGACAAGGCACCCGAGGGGCUGAGAAUGGGGCUGCCACACCCUGAAGGGAGCGUUGGGGGGGGUGUUUAGUGGUUCAUGGAGCUGUCCACAAGGCUGGGCGUUUCGGGGCGCUGGUUCCGCGCACGCUGUCCGGGGUUCUCUCUUUGCCAGGGUCCCCGCCAGCAGGGCCUACGCAGACCCAUGCAUGCCCCUUAGGAAUCCCGCCCUCCCAGCACGCGAUGCUGCUCCCAGGAGACCCGAGGAACCACUCCCCUGUGCGAUGAAUAAAUGUGCCUCUUUGUCA